UACAUCUAUUUUACUGUAGUUCGCGAAUUAAACGUGAUGAGGAGGGAGAGAACACAAGCAAGCCUCGUGUGCAGCUACUAGUUUUUUUUUUAAAAAAAAAAACAGAAGAAAUGCUCGACGCAGCUUGAGAGGGGAGGAACUGAAAAUGGCCCUCACCUUCGCCCCGCUCCUUCCGUUCCAGUUUGCGGGGAAACCGGCGAGGAAGAAGACAACCACGCUGCUCCCUCCUCCCAAACCACCAACAUUCCGACUCUCCGCGGCCGCCUCCUCCGCCGUCGCUCCACCUCCCUCGGCGGAAUUGGAGCGUCGGAAGCACGAGCUCCUCCGCGCCGUCCAGGACACGCAGCGCGGCCUCUCCGCCACCGCCGACCAGCGCUCCGCCAUCGAAGAGGCCCUCGUCUGCGUCGAAGAAUUCGCCGCCGGCUCGCCGGUCGAUCUCGCGAGGCUGGACGGCACCUGGCGGCUCAACUUCACCUCGGCUGCCGACGUCCUCGUCCUCUUCGAGGCCGCCGCCAGGCUCCCCUUUCUUCAGGUGGGGCAGGUUUUUCAGAAGUUCGAAUGCAGGGAUCGCUCCGACGGAGGAAUCGUGCGCAAUGUCGUGCGCUGGAGCAUCCCCACACUGCUCGAGGAGCACGAAGGUGCGACGUUGCUCGUCUCCGCGAAAUUUUCGCUCGUAUCGAAGCGCAGCAUCUUCCUUCAGUUCGAGGAGGUUGCUGUUGAAAAUAUCAAAAUAAGUGAACAGCUGCAGGCAUUGAUAGCUCCAGCCGUACUUCCUCGCUCGUACAUUAGCCUGCAGAUAUUGCAGUUCUUAAGAGCGUUUCGAGCUCAGGUGCCUGUGAACGGUCCGGAUAGGAGAUCACCUGGAGGAUUGUAUUACCUUUCUUAUCUGGACCGAGAUAUGCUUUUGGGCCGCUCUGGUGCGGGAGGCGGAGUUUUCGUUUUCACGAGGGCGCAGCCUUUUACAUAACCAUUCGCCCAUUUGCCGAAAACCGAGCUAUCUCGAGCACUUAUUUGCAUCUCACAUCAUCCAUCCUAGUCCAAGCUCUGAUCGAGGCCGGCGGAUCGGAGGGCGGUGGCGAGGCGGUCGGAGAGGGCGUGGAUGUGGAAUUGGUGGGCGCGCGCCUGCGCGCUGGCCUCGGCCUCGAGCUCGCCGAGCUCCGCGGAGAGGCGCUCCUCGGCCUCCUCCGCCACACGAAGCUGUGCCCGAGCCCGCUCCAGCUCCCGCCGCGCCGCCGCCUCCCCCUCCCUCACCUCCCGCAACUCCCUCUCCAGCUCCGCGUUCCUCGCGCGCAGCUCCUGCAGCUCUACAACGUUCCCGUCCAUGGGAAUGUUAUGCGGGAAUUUGGGUGCAUAUACUAUAUAUGCGCUUUUCUUGGAGGGAGAAGUUGUUCUUCUCUACAUAUAGGGGGUUCGAAACAGGGCGGGUCUCUGGUGUGUCCGGGUUCAAUGAACCGAGCCCGGGAGAUCCGGGCGACCGGAGUGUAUGGCACCUCACCACGUCGGGGAGAAAUUACUGUGGACCGGGUCCACCACGUAAGCCAAGAACCUGUCAAGCGCAUUAUUAGAAAACUAAGUCACACAGGUUUAGUUAAUAUUAUAUAUAUAAUUUCUGCAGUUUCUCCUCUCGCGAGAGGAAAAGCCACCGCAAUAUAAUAUUUUUAUAUAUAUAUAUUUUAGUUUA